AUGGACGAAGAGACGAAAAUUCGAAUGAUAUUCGCUUUGAGCGCUCCGAUCGACAGUAGUUUUCUUGUUAAAAUUAAGGAAUCUGAUGACGUUCAAACAGAUCAUGCACGGAGAACUACUGAAUACACAACGAAAGAAGACGGUUUCGAAUUGAAAGGAACUUAUCUGUGGCCACAUUGUUUGAGUCAAAGAGAGAAGAAGAGAAGAGAACGCUGGAGUUUCUGGCAAGAAAAUCAAAGACGACCGAUUUGA